UCCAAACUCAACCUGUCACAACCGUCGGCACAUACCCUUCAUUCCAAUUGAUAUCCCAGUAGCGCGAAAAUGUCGUCAAAGGAAGCUUCCAAGAGUAAGGACAAGGAUAAGUCCAAGAUCCAUAAGCUCUCCCUCAAGGGCAGCGCUCGCCUUGUCGCUGAAUUCUUUCAAUAUUCUAUUCACAGCAUUCUCUUUCAACGAGGUGUCUACCCUGCCGAGGACUUUACAGUCGUCAAGAAAUAUGGCCUCAACAUGCUGGUCUCGGCCGAUGACCAAGUAAAAGCCUACAUCAAAAAGAUCAUGUCCCAACUCGACAAAUGGAUGGUCGGCGGCAAGAUCUCCAAGCUCGUCAUCGUCAUUACAGAUAAAGACACAGGCGAGCACGUCGAGCGCUGGCAAUUCGACGUUCAAAUCUUCCAACCCGUCAAGAAAUCCAAGUCCUCCAAAUCCUCCUCCAAAGACCAAGAAAACGCCGCUCCCGCCGGUUCCGCCCCCACAGCCCCCGAAAAGACAGAAACAGAAAUCCAAGCCGAAAUCGCAGCUAUUUUCCGUCAAAUCACUGCGUCUGUUACGUUUCUACCUCAACUAAGCGGCGAUUGCACAUUCAACGUUCUCGUUUACGCAGAUGCAGAUAGUGAGGUCCCUGUUGAGUGGGGUGAUUCGGAUGCGAAGGAGAUUGAGAACGGAGAAAAGGUACAACUGAGGGGAUUCAGCACAGCGAAUCACCGUGUUGAUACUCUGGUCAGCUAUCGAUUCACCGAUUAGGCUGGUGAGUUUUGAGUGUAUAAUGGAGGGAAAGAGAUGGAUGAGUUGCUUUUGGUGGAUUUCGGCAUAACUCAGGAAUGAUUUAUCUUGAGAGGCGUUACAAGGCGCCUUGGGGACUUUGUUUGUCCAUAUUCAAUAUUCAACGACCAUGAUGGAUUUGUACGAUACGUAUCAGGAUA